AUGGAACGUAUUAAUCCUCCCAGCAUUAUUACACCUUACAACAGAGUAAACGAAGAAUACAAGUUACUUAGAGUCCUCGGAGAAGGAGGUUUUGGAAAAUGUUAUGAGGCAAAAAAAGGAAAUGGUCAGAUUUUCGCUAUAAAGGUUUUAUCUAAAUUGAAAUUACGUGGUAAGGAGAGUACCAAAGAACGGAUUUUAGAUGCAUGUAAUUAUAUGCACCAGAAUAUGAUGAUUCAUCGGGACCUAAAAUUAGCCAAUUUGUUUUUAUCUGCCGAUAUGCGAGUAAAAAUUGGUGAUUUUGGCCUUACGGCAAAAUUGAAUUUGAUGGAUUACAUGGCACCUGAAAUUAUUGGUAGAAUUGGGCACAGUUUCGAAGUCGACCUUUGGAGUAUAGGUGUGAUAAUGGGAGGACAUUUCGGAUUUCCAACAUCCGUAAAUAAUCAUGUAUCGAAAGAAGCUAAGGCGUUGAUCCAAUCUAUACUAAAUAGGAAUCCAAAUCAACGACCAACCAUAAAUGAAAUUUUUAAUCAUGAUUUUUUUAAAAUUGGAUUCACACCUCAACAAAUUCCGACUUCAGCGUUAACCGUGGCCCCUAAUUUUGAUAAUUUCUAUUCGAAUAAUGAAACAACCGAAAUCUCUGAUAAUAUAAAUAGUCGAUCACAAAUUUCACUUUCGACUGUAAGAUCAAGUGGAUCAAGUGAAUUAAAUGAACCAAAUGGAUUAAAUGGAACAAAUGGAUCGAAGAGUGUCAAGACUAUAUCACAAAUGCAACAAUCACAUAGAACUAGAGGAUACCGAAUUAAAAGGAGAAAAAUUAUGUCAAAACUCUCCCCUAAAGCGGUUUCUCUUGCAUUAUUACUUUUAGCUCCUAGUUGCUUUCUAGCUACAGCUGCUAUACAACAGUUACAAAUAGUUGAAGAAUCAUUAUUACCUUUUUUACGUCAUUUUAAAGCAAAAGAUAUACCGUUUUUAAUGGCUGGUAUUAUAUUUGUUUGGACUUAUGUGAUCACUGCUUCGCUUAGUGUUAUUGCACAAUCAAUUGGAUCAAGAAGCGGCGGUUACGAUAAUCGUGAACCACGACUUUAUAAGUCUUCACUUAGAGGAACAUUAACAAGAAUGGUAGCUGCACACGAGGUUGCUUUGGAAAAUGCUCCAGCAUUUUUCGCUGCAGUGAUUAUUGCAUCAGCCAACAAAGUACCUUUGAAAUAUAGAACUAGCUUUUCAGUCGUAUAUACCGUCUUACGAAUAAUCCAUACACCACUUUAUGUACUAGAUUUUGACAUUGCACGUGCAAUCGCGCAUAUAAUGGCCUUGUCAUGUACAACUUGGCUCUUUGCGUUUGCUCUUUUACCAGGAUUUGAACAAUAUUAUUCUUCAAUCAUUGAAGUUGUAAAUAUUUUAAGGAGCGUAUCCGAUGAUGCAUGGACAUUUGAUUAA